AUGGACACAGUCAUCAUAACACUGGAUGACGUAGCUGAGGCGGUCCGUAAGGUCCCGAAAUGGAAAAGUCCGGAACUCGAUGGAACUCAUCACUACUCGCUGAAGAGGUUAGUGGUGUGUCACGCUUCGCUCGCCCAACAGUUUCAAGAGGCUCUCGACCAAAAGUUGCUCCCGAGUCUCUUUACUACUGGGAUCACUCAUUUGAUUCCUAAAGACCGAGAUUUCACAGAACCAAGCAAAUACUGUCCCAUAACGUGUCUAUGUACCAUAUACAAUACACUAACAUCCAUUUUGAGCGCGAGAAUCACUCGUCACCUGAACUCGAAUCAGGUGAUGUCGGGCGCCCAAAAUGGAUGUCGGGGCAGUGGUCGUGGAACCAAGGAACCACUCCUCAUUGACGCGGUCAAGGUGGUUAAACGCAACCGUCUGAACCUCUCCGUAUCCUGGAUAGACUAUAAAAAGGCAUUCGACUCGGUACCUCAUACAUGGCUGAAGAGGGUCCUCAAACUGUACAAGGUUAACUGUACAGUUCGAGACUUCCUCGGGCAGUGUAUGGGGCUGUGGAGUACGAUCCUUUGUUAUCUAGGCGAGCGGAGGAAGGAUGCGGAGAACCACAUAAGGAUAAGAAGGGGUAUCUUCCAGGGCGAUUGUUUGAGUCCAAUCUGGUUCUGCCUGUCUCCGAACCCUCUCAGUACCUUACUGGAGGAGCUGGGGACGGAUAAGUGUGCGGUCCUCCAUGUCGAAAGGGGUAGGGUUGCUAACUUUGAGUGCAUAGACUUAUCUAUGCCCAUCAACAUAAAGACCCUAUCCGAGGCUGAAACAUACCGAUACCUAGUUAUGUCACAAAACAUAAGUAUUGAUGAGGCGGACAUGAAACAGUCAGUAUGA